AUGGGUGAUGAUAAUACUAAUAAUACAUCAAUAACUAAAAGUUCACCAACCGAUGCAAUGGGAGGUGGUUGCCCAAUUGCACAUGAUAUUAAUCCAGCCAAUCAUAUGUAUAAACCAAAUCAAAAUCCACACCCAGAUCAAACUAAACCAUUGUCAACCGAAAGAAUUACAUCAACCAUUCCAAGAACUGAAAAAGAUAAUUGGCAAUAUCCUUCACCACAAAUGUUUUUCAAUGCAAUGAAAAAGAAACAAUAUGAACCAAAAGAAGAGGAUAUGAGUGUUGUCAUUUCAAUUCAUAAUACUGUAAAUGAAAAAUGUUGGGAAGAUGUUUUACAAUGGGAAAAUGAUUAUAAAGAUGUUUGUCCAAAUCCAAAAUUAAAGAAAUUUAAAGGAAAAGCAACAGAUUUUAGUCCAAAAGCAAAGUUUUUAAAUACAUUUUUAGGUUAUAAAUUACCAUUUGAUAGACAUGAUUGGAUUGUUGAUAGAAAUGGUAAAGAAGUACGUUAUGUAAUUGAUUUUUAUGAAGGUAGAAUUAAUAAAGAUUCUGGUAAAUCAAUUGGUAUCUAUAUUGAUGUUAGACCAGCAAUUGAUGACUUUUCAUCUUUAAAAGAUAGGGUUUUACAUUUUUUCAAAUAA